GGGUGAUCAUCUCUCUUCAUUCAUUUACAUUGACCUCACAUUUCAGAGACAAAACUCUCUUUGAACAAAUUCUGAAGUUUUUGCUUGGAAAAGUCUAUACAUAACAGAAUAAAUGAGAUGGUUGCAACUACUUUAUGUUUUAUUAUACAGUAUAUAAAAACCAGAAAACUGGAGACAUGAUUUAGAAAUCAGAUGUCAAAACAAUAAAAUGAAUAUUUAAGGAAGAAGAAAUGCUGUAUCUUCAUAUAUCUAUACAUAAUCUGAAUGUAUAGGAUGAGCUAAAACUGGAUUACAGUGGUGAUGGUGUCAGUUAUUCUUUGGCAGUAGAUGAGACAAUGACCUACAGAGGAGGCAGGCAUAAACGGUAAUGCAGCUAUUUAAAGACCACUGAGAACAAGCAGCAUUUGUGUUGACUCCCUGAAGGAAUGAACAUCAAAAAUUCACGUUUGUGAUUGGCCAUUCGGGCAAACAGAACGGGGCGUUCUCACCGAAUUAGUGACAGAGCCUGUGCCGAUAUGCUGCACCGACCAGAGCAGCCUGCUAGGUUUCUCUGUGGCCUUAUUAUGUUUCUGUGCCAUAAAACGUCCGGCUUCGGCAAAUUGGAUUGUUUCGCUUGCCCAGUUGGUUUAUAAGUCCCAGCAGAAGCACCUCAUUGGCAGUCUUCUUAGCUGGAAGAGCUCUGCAUUGGACCCUACCCAAGUUCCCCCAUUAGUGGGACUAACGACGCUCGCUUGGAGAAUGCCACACUUGGCCGACUGUAGCUACUAUGACAUACGGGACGGAGGCAGAGUGUUAAAUAUCCAGGGACACCUGGAGAGCCCCCAGUACAGCCCGCAGCCCUCGCAGGCCCAGCAGCUGAAGCAGUACCUGGCCCUGGGCUCCAGGCUCGCUGACUGUGAGCCCCCGGAACCUGUCUCUCACUCCCACCGCGGGCAGUUCCCGGCACCCACACCCAUCAUGCACAGCGGGCACCUGGCACCCCUCAGCUCUGGAAGCCCUUCAGACUGUCCUGGAACUCUAAUGUCCAUCACCUGCAGUGGCAAAGACAAUGAGUUCCCGAUGGAUGAAGUCUUUGAUGACUUAAUUAGCCUGGAAUCCACUUUCAGUAACGAGGGUUUGGGAUGCACGGAUACUCACAUCACAAUGCAAAACAAUGUGUCCCACAGCAACAGCAUGAUGGACGUGUAUGGCACUGAGCAAGGUAUGACUGCCCCUAGUGGUGGCAUGACACCUGCAGCAUAUGGGGCAAAGCUCACAAUAAAAAGUGAAUUCACAGAACAUGACACAAGAGUUUUGGCCAAAGAAAGACAAAAGAAGGACAACCAUAACUUAAUUGAAAGGAGAAGAAGGUACAACAUCAACUACAGGAUCAAGGAGCUUGGGACACUGAUACCAAAGUCCAAUGACCCUGAUAUGCGCUGGAACAAGGGCACCAUACUCAAGGCCUCGGUGGAGUAUAUCAAGUGGCUGCAGAGGCAGCAGCAGCAUGGGCGCGAGUUAGAGGGCCGGCAGAGGAGGCUGGAACAGGCUAAUCGGAGGCUGCUGCUCAGGAUCCAGGAGCUGGAGAUCCAGGCUCGAGCACACGGCCUCCCCAGCAUGGCCCCUUCCCUGGGUUCCGCAGAGUCGCCCUCUCACCUCCUCAAGCUUCCGCAGAUGCCUCAUGCACAGCAGUCUGUGUACCAAGAGGACCUGAGUGGGGACUACGCAGAGAGUCCCGCCGCCCCCCCCAUGGGUCACACGGAGCACGGCAGCACGGUCGUCGCCUUUUCGGAUCCCCUGUCUCACUUCACAGACUUCUUCAAUGGAACUCUUAAAGAGGAGAGCCGGCUGGACGGUAUCCUGACGGGAGGCUCGCUGUCGCCCUUCCACGCAGACCCGCUUCUCUCCGCCACAUCGCCCCCUGCCUCCAAGGGGAGUAGCCGCAGGAGCAGCUUCAGUACAGACAAUGGCGAUGACCUCUGACCCAUUCCUCCCAGGCGGCACUUGGCGAGCCCUGCAAAUGACUCUUUUUGGCGUUUCCUCGUUAUCUCCAUCCACCACCACAAGGGGGCCUUUUACCAUAAAGAACAAGCAGCAAACUUACUAAAAGGGAGGGGCAGUAUCGCACUCAAAUGCCGUGCCCGUGUUGUUAAAUUAAUUGCUUGUUUAGUGAGACAGCAUUGGUCAGCACCAUUUCAGUGAUAAAUAUAAUCUCAAAAAGCACUCAAACAGCAAACAGGAGCUAAACUGUCUUGCUAAGUCAGUGAUGCUAAUUGCAGGUUCUGCAGGUUAUGAAGGCUGAUAUCAUACACACUUUCGCAUGCUGAAUAUGACUUUUCAUCUUUUGUUCAUUGUUUGCGACGAAUCAUUUGUCUUCUAUAGAUUGUAAUUAUCAACCUUUUAUACUGUAUGAAACAUUAUCAGUAUUUUUUUAUGUGUUGGGUGGAGGAAAUAAACAAAAUAACAUCCCCCCAAUUUUGAUAAAGGAAAUUCAUCUGUUUCAUAGUGGCAUCAGACUGAUAUUAAAAUGUCCACUAGAAAUGAAAAUAUUUACCUGAACAAUUACAGAAUUAAAAAGUUAUAAAA